CAUCUCCCAAAUCAGAUGAUUCCUUCGCACAUGGUCCCCUCCUAGUCCUACCUACCCUCGAUUCUAUAAGGCGAUUCUCUGCCCAAGUCAUGGCCAGCACACGGCGCUUGGUCUCCUACGAUGACAUCGACUACGGCGCGGCGCCUGUGGCCUCGACGUCCGCGUCUAGUAGCAGGGCGGCUGCACCUACAAGCCAUACCAAGGCAUUGCAGGCAGUCAAGCAAGAAGAUGCAUCGCUACAGCCCUCGCAAGGCGCACUCCUCAUCCCACAAGCCCCGCUGAGAUCUAGUCAAGAGGCGAGAGCAGCCUCUCCGAGCUCGUCUACCAAUGACGGCUCUCUCUCCUACGCAAAGAAGAAACGGCUGAGGAGGAAGAGGCAGCUCAAGGCUCAGCAGCAGGCGUCUGAGCAGCCAGACGGUCAGCACCAGGAGCAUAACCCUCAAAAGCGGCCACUGCUGAGCUCAGACGAUACAGCUGUCGAGCAGGAGAUUGUACAUCAGGGCAAAAAGCGCAGGAAAAAUGAGGACAACAAACUCCAAAGAGCCUCGCUGCGCCAGGAAAUGGAAGAGCAGUGGAUGGGCAAUGGGGCCGCCAUGGGUGGGCUCGACUACGACGGUCUCACUACAGAAGCUGCCCAAAAUCAUUCGCGCAUGGCUGAUGCCGAGCCAUCGAAGCAUGAAGCCAAUGGCAACGCUUCACAUCAGCAGCAAACUUCGGCAGACCGUUCUACUGCAGGAGGAUGGAAGCACACGGAGGGAGACGAUGGGUGGGGCGAUGAAGAUGAACAGGAGUACGACGAGGACAACGUCUACGAAGGCAAUGAAGAGGCUUGCGAGGAAGAUGAGGAGUACGACGAGAGUAUUCAGGCCGAGUGGGAUGCCAUGGGCAGACUCAAUACCUCCAUUGCUAUCCCGGACAUCCCUCCGGCUUUCCUCGACACUGGGGAAGAGCCCCUUGGCAGUACAACGCAGGCAACGCUUGAGCAAGCAACAGUAGUAUCUCCUCCGAGAACAAGCGGUGUGGCAGCUGAUGGAGGCAGGGUCCUUACAGAGGCGGAGCUGUGGGACGAGUCUGCACUCGUAGACGCCUGGAAAGCAGCGACGGAGGAGUAUCUCCUUCACUCGAGCAAGGAUUCCACUACCACAACGUCUGCUACAGCUCGAACAGUCAAGCAUCCUUCUGCUCUCUGGCACGACGCCCCCGUUUCCGGCAGCAAAUCAGCGCUGAAAGCUCAGCAGAUAUCUGAAAACAACAAGGAGAAGAGGAGACUGAGACUCUUCUUGGAGGAGAAGGCGCGCAAGGCAAAAGAGAUUGAAGACCUAAGAAAAGAGGUCGAGCAGGAGCAAGCGCAGGCACAGGAACAGGCUCAGGAGGAAGAGAGGCAGAGGCAGCAAGGGCAAGCUGGUACCAGCCAGCUUGUCACAGCACCUGCUCUUGUGCUGUCCGCGACGCCUUCGGCACCGGUGGGCUCCACACUGAACGCAGCAACGUCCAAAGUCCACCCUGUAGGCAAGCGUUCUCUCACUGGCAGAGCUAUCCCUCCCUCGAUCGGGCUGCCAGGCAACGCAGCUUGGCAAGCAGCCUGCGCUACAGUAGCCUCGACGCGUAAUCGAAUUGGCGACGAGGCGAGACCGCCAGUAGCGCUGCAGAAAACUGUCGAGAAGGCAGCAACGCAGCCAAUAGCGAGGGCAGAGGUACCCCUUCCAUCUACUACCUUGAGCGAUGCGCCGACGAUGGCAGACAAUACUGCUACGAGCAUUGACCCAUCUGCAAGUGGUCAGGCCAUAAGUGAUACCAAUGUUGAAAUGCCGCAAGCGCUCUCCUCAAGCGCUACCGCCCACACCAGUCUUCCACAGCCGCCAAUGCCCCCUCCUGCACUUUCUCAUCCACUCAUUGCAUCUCAGACUGCACCAUCUCUCCCAAAUAGCGCAACAGGACCCACCAUCCCUUCAACAGUGGAUGAGGGAAGCUUGAGUGGGGAGCUCCUGCAGCGCAUCUGUUCUUCGUGGUACUAUGCUGGGUACUGGACUGCGCAGUGGGAGGAGGAAGGAAGACGAAAGAGCAGAGCUGAUAGGCAGGAGUGAGGUGAUGCGGAAGAGAAGGUGCGGUGAGAUAUGCUGCGGUGUAGUGUUGGGUACUUGCAGUCGUGUUCUGGCACUUGAUGUCACCCCUUCGCACCUCGCAUGCUGUACACACUCGAGCUCAACAGUGCAGACAUAAUCUGAGAUGUGAUCAUCUAUUCUAUUCUAUUGACAAGGCUGGAUAUACAAAGCAACGAACGAUUCCUUUUUCGCCCCUUUCUCUCUCUUCCCCUUUCCGGCACCUAUGCCGGCAUGGCCCACUCGGUGUACUUCCUCUG